GUGCUCUGGAUGAUUUUCAGAGCCUCAAUCUCACUUCUGGUUCUCAAAGAGUUGGAGAUGGGGAAGAGAAGAAAGAUGGUUCUUUUAUGCCGGGUGGGGUUCAAGGUUUAGGGAUGAUGUUGCCCGAUAGGAAUGCUAAGAAAAAGGGAAAGCAAAAGGCUUCUGGUGAGGCAAAAGAUUCGCACGUUGCUGAAGCUCUUGAUAAGCUUAGGGAGCAGACUAGGGAGGCUGUUAAAGGACUGGAAUCAGUGGCCGGGCCGAGACCUGGUGCAGAGAACAUGGGGAAUGAUGCAAUGAUGGAGGAGUGGGUGAAGCAGUUCGAAGAGCUUUCUGGAUCUCAGGAUAUGGAGUCUAUAGUUGAGACCAUGAUGCAGCAGCUUUUGUCAAAGGAAAUUCUUCAUGAACCCAUGAAAGAAAUUGAAGAAAGAUAUCCUAAGUGGUUGGAGGACAACAAAGUCAAGUUGAGCACUGAAGAAUAUGAACGUUACAAACAUCAGUACCAACUUAUAAGAGAUCUGAAUAAAGUUUAUGAGACUGAACCUAGCAACUUCAACAAAAUUGUAGAGCUUAUGCAGAAAAUGCAAGAAUGUGGCCAACCGCCAAAUGAUAUUGUUCAUGAGCUUGCUCCGGACUUUGAUAUAUCUACUCUUGGACAACUAUCCCCAGAGAUGUUAGAAGGCCAACAGAACUGCUGUAUCAUGUAAAACAUGCCCUGUCCCAAUAUCCUACUGCUACUUCCUUUAUUUUCUUUUGUUACAAUUUGCAUAGGACAACAUUUAUUUUUUGCUUGGAUUUUACUUGUAAUGUUACUGCUCAUUUCAUCUCUUAGAUAUAUCUAUGCCGUAUAUUUUUUUGA